AGACAUACAUUACAUACUCUUGUCAGAUUAUCAGUUAGAUUCUCUCUUCAUCAUAACACUCAACAACACACACUCUCUCUCUUCUCUGUCCGACAAAGUCACCUAAAUGACAUUUUCCCGGCAUAUACGCGACGCCAAGACAGCCACCGCAACCGCAAUGACAAAGAAGUCCGAUGUCCCAACUACAUCGCCAAACUGCUGCGUCACGUGCCUUGUGAGACUCAUCAGAAAACUGAAGAGAAAAGGGAGGUUGUUGCUGGCUACGUCGGCUCGGAGACAAGGAAGCUCGUUCCAGUGCCGUUACGAUCCACUGAGCUAUUCACUUAACUUCGACGGAGGCGCGUGUGGUACACUUCCCGAUGAUGAGGAUUAUUACCUGCGGCUUUAUGCGUUUUCUUCGAGAUACGUUACUACUAAUACUAUCAAGAAGAGACCACCACUUCCUCGUGAAUCCUUCUCUUCCGCUUCGCAUGAAUUCGUGUAAUGUAAUUUGUCAUUUUACUUUAGAUUUAAAAUUAUUAAAUGAAAGGUAAUUGUUACUUAAAAAAAAUAUAUGUUCAGUUUUGAGAAAUUUUUUGUUGUUCCUUUAAUAUAACGGAACAUAGAUUUGAAAGAUUAAUUAUUAAUUUCAGUAUAAUGAACUGAAACUUGUAGGCUUGUAGCCAAAAAUAAAGACGACGAACGUUGCCUGGGGUAUAAAAUUGAUUAUUUCUCAA